AUGGAUGGUGAUCAUAACGAGUUAGGUAGCGUGCGUGAAGAAAAUGUUGUUGUUGGAGUUGGACCUGAAACAUCGAAUAAUUUGGACUUGAAUGUGGAGCAGGACUGUGGCAGCCCAAACAUUGUUCAUGGUAAUUGCUCUCAAUCUGGUGUCACAUCAGCAAAUGCAUUCUGCAGCAGCACAAUAUUGGGAAUCGGUACGGUAUUUGAGUCUGAUGAACAUGCGUAUAGAUGUUAUAACAAGUAUGCCAGAUUGAUGGGUUUCAAUGUUAGAAAAGAUUGGAUAAAUAGGAGUAAGGUACAUGGUAUGGUGGUUUCUAGAAAAUUUACCUGCUCCAAAGAGGGAUAUCGUAGGACAGAUAGAAGAGAUUGUAAUGUGAAGAAACAUCGAAAGGAAACAAGAACUGGCUGUUUGGCACACAUGAUCAUCACUCGUCAAUCAGAUGGAAAAUACCAUGUCACCCAUUUUGAAGCACAACAUAAUCAUGGUGAUGUAAAUCAUAGCAAUGCUAACAUGUUAUUACUAGAUUUGCAAAACGAGAUUAAUGUUGCUCAGGCUGUGGAGGCUGCGGAGGUUGACUCGUAUAAUAGUUUGGGGCCAAAAUCUAGGUCAGCAUUAAAGAUGAUGAAUAAAAAAUUAGGUGCACGUGAUUCGCUUGAUCAACUUUCCAUGAAUUAUGACAAUUACCUUCAUUCUGUAAGGGGAAGAGAUAUGGGUAAAGGAGAAGCAGGGCGUUUGCUGGGUUAUUUUCAACGACAACACUUUGAAAAUCCAGCAUUUUUUUAUGCCCUACAGCUUGAUGCUGAUGACAAGGUAAGUAAUAUAUUCUGGGCUGAUGACAAUAUGGUGGUAGACUAUGAUCAUUUUGGGGAUGUUGUUUGUUUGGAUACAACUUGCAGAACAAACCGAGCUCUUCGGCCACUUGUACAGUUUUUAGGUGUUAAUCAUCAUAAACAAGUAAUAAUAUUUGCUGCUGCUUUUUUGUAUGAUGAGACUGUUGAAUCAUUUAAUUGGCUAUUUCAAACUUUUAUUGGCACAAUGUCUAGGAAAAAGCCAAAAGCCAUUAUCACCGAACAAGAUGCUGCAAUCAUCGAAGCAAUCAAUACUGUUUUACCUGAAACAAUCCAGUAUACAUGUGUAUGGCAAAUGUAUGAGAACACUGUGACACACCUCAGCCAUUUUGUUAAAGAUGCUAAAUCCUUUGCAAAUGAUCUAAGGUGUUGUAUAUAUGGCCCCAAGAAUGAGGAAGAUUUUACUCAUGCUUGGGAGGCUAUGCUGGAGAAGUAUAAUCUUCAUCAAAAUGAAUGGUUGAGAUGGAUGUAUAGAGAAAGAGAGAAAUGGGCUGUUUUCUUUGGUCAGAAUACAUAUUUUGUAGAUAUAAAAGGCUUUCAUUUAGGUGAGAUUUUGUCUCUUAAGUUUAGAAAUUAUCUAAAUCCCGACCUUGAUGUAGUUCAAUUUUUUAACCAUUUUGAAAGGGUUGUAGAUGAGCAACGAUAUAAAGAAAUAGAAGCUAGUGAUGAAAUGAAGAGAUGUUCUCCAAAGCUAAUGGGUAAUGUGGUUAUGUUGAAACAUGCAAGUGUUGCCUAUACUCCAAGAGCAUUUGAAGUAUUUCAGCAAAGAUACGAGAAGUCUUUGAAUGAUCUUGUUAACCUACACAACAAAGAUGGAUCUUUGUUUGAGUAUAAAGUGAAUACAUUUGGCCAUGCAAGACAAUACAGUGUCACCUUCAAUUCUUUAGAUGAUACAGUUGUCUGCAGUUGUAUGAAGUUUGAUCAUGUCGGUUUCCUGUGUAGCCAUGCACUGAAAGUUCUUGAUAAUAGAAACAUUAAAGUAGUUCCAUCUCAAUAUAUCUUGAAGAGAUGGACAAAAGAUGCAAGGUUGGGAAAUAGCAGAGAGCUUAAGCAAUGUAAAAUGCAAGAUAACCCUAAGAUGGUUGUAGCAAGCUGUUACAAAGAUUUGUGUCACAGACUUGUCAAUUUAUCCGCAAGAGCUUCUGAAUCUGUGGAGGCUUAUCAAUUUGCUGCGAAGCAACUUGAUGAAGUGAUGGAAGGAGUGCAGAAAAUCUUGGCAUUGAAAGGUGAUGAAGCCCAAGUUAUCACCUCAAAUAGUAUUCAUGUAGAUGCUUCAGAAAAUGAGCCUGCAGAAAUCUUUCCGAAUGGACAUGCAACGGAGAAUCAAGAUGAAAGUAACAGAGUAAGCACAGAAGUUGUCAGGAUUGCCACACCAGAUAGGUGGCAAACAACGGUGAAUUAUAAUCAAACUAAUUCAGAUAGAAUCUUAAACGGAGAACCUUCUCCGAAUACUGUUCUCUGCAUUUCAACCCCCGCAUCUCCAUAUGUUUCACCUCAAUCCGGGACACCAAAUCCCCUUUUUCAGGACUUAUUCGGUUUUGAAGCCAAUCAAGUGGUUCAAUGUAUGUAUGAACAGCCUGAUCUUGUGUUGGACCAUCAAUCUGAUACUAACCUGUUUCCACCGCCGAACUUCUUUUCUAACCAACAGAACCCUCCUUGCGGUUCUCAACUAUCGCAGGAGCCUAUAAUCCCGAACACAUACCAUGAAUCCAUGCCAAUCAUUAAUCAGACGCGACAGGGGAUGGAUCUUGAUAUCCAAAAUCCUGUCUCUUGCUGUGUGACCAUAGAUACAGAAGGUCUGACUCUGCGUAACGGAUUCGGGGACCAUGGUUGA